UUUAUAAAAUAUUAGCGGACUUCAUCAAUCGAGGAGCUAAAGUUGGCUGAAAGAAUCAGCGAAAGAGGAAGCGCAAAUCAGCCAUGGCUGCGGCGCCGGCCCUUCGCGAACUCCAACGUGAUAUUGAAACUCAAGCCAGUGCUCUAAGCAAGGUCCAGAAAGAUAUUGCGAAGAACCACCAAGUGCGGAAGCAGUACACGAUCCAGCUUGGUGAGAAUGAACUAGUACUCAAGGAGUUAGAUAUUCUGAGCGAGGGAGCUAACGUGUAUAAGCUAAUCGGACCAGUGCUUUUGAAGCAGGACUUGGCCGAGGCCAGGGCCAAUGUCCGCAAGCGGAUUGAAUACAUUUCGGCCGAGCUGAAGCGGCUUGAUGGAACACUUAAAGAUCUGGAGGGUAAGCAGAACAGCAAGCAAGAAGCGGUUUUGAAAGUGCAACAGAGGAUUCAAGCACUGCAAACCGGAAAAUCCAAGUCCUGAACUUUCUUCAUUAGCUUGUUUCUUUGCUCUGUCGUCUGAAUAGAGACACCCACCCUUGUCGGGUCGCUUGUCAGAAUUUUUCUGUUAAGAAGAUAAGUAGAAUGCUAUAGCCACUGUACAAACGACUCGAUUCUGUUACAUGUUUUAUUGCCUUAAAAAUGUUUUUGAUUUGAUUAUUGCUAUAUUGGAACCAUUUACUAUAAUUAUGAGCUCAAUUGUUUAAUUCCAGCCAACACGAAUAACAUUUUUUUUGUGCGAA